CGUUACCCAGCGGUGCUUUGCGCUCGGGCUCCGGCUAGGCCGCGCCGCGGGCGGGAUGGCGGUGGCGGUGCGCGCGCUGCAGGAGCAGCUGGAGAAAGCCAAGGAGAGCCUCAAGCACGUGGAUGAGAACAUCCGCAAGCUCACGGGCCGGGACCCCAACGACGUGAGGCCCCCUCAGAGCAGACUGUUAGCCCUCGCAGGCCCCGGUGGAGGUAGAGGGCGCGGGAGCUUACUGCUAAGGCGUGGAUUCUCGGAUAGUGGAGGAGGACCCCCAGCCAAACAGAGGGAUCUUGAAGGUGCAAUCAAUAGGCUGGGUGGAGAACGUCGGACGAGAAGAGAAUCACGCCAUGAAAGCGACGCAGAGGAUGAUGAUAUUAAAAAGCCAGCGUUGCCAUCCUCUGUUGUUGCUACCUCCAAAGAGCGAACACGUCGAGACCUUAUACAGGAUCAAAAUAUGGAUGAGAAAGGAAAACAAAGGAAUCGACGUAUAUUUGGCUUGUUGAUGGGCACUCUUCAAAAAUUUAAGCAGGAAUCCACAGUUUCUACUGAGAGGCAAAAGAGGCGACAAGAAAUUGAACAAAAGCUUGAAGUACAGGCAGAAGAAGAGAGAAAGCAAGUUGAAAAUGAAAGGCGAGAACUGUUUGAAGAAAGGCGUGCUAAACAGACAGAACUGCGGUUACUGGAGCAAAAGGUUGAGCUUGCUCAGUUGCAAGAAGAAUGGAAUGAACAUAAUGCUAAAAUAAUUAAAUAUAUAAGAACGAAGACAAGACCUCACUUAUUCUACAUACCUGGCAGAAUGUGUCCUGCUACACAGAAGCUGAUGGAAGAGUCACAGAAAAAGAUGAAUGCACUCUUUGAAAGCAGGCGCAAUGAAUUUGCAGAGCAGAUUAACAAAAUGGAGGCCAGACCCAGAAGACAAUCUGUGAAGGAAAAAGAACAGCAGGAGGUGCAGACUGAAGAAAAGAAGGAAGAACAGAACAAGGAGCAGGAAGAGGGUAAGGUGGCUCAGCAGGUGGAAGAGUUGGAGACAGGUAAUCAGAACAAUGAUGUAGAAAUGGAGGAGGUAGGGGACGAAAAGGGAAAAAUAGGUUCAGGGCAUAGUGAUGCAGAGAAAGAACAGGAAGAGGAUGAACAGAAACAUGAAAUGGAGAUUAAACUAGAAGAGACUCCUGAGGUGAGGGAGAAUGACAAGCAGCAGGAUGGUCAGCAUGAGGAGGUUACAGCUGUAAAAGAGGAAGGUGGAAGUAUUCAGCCAGUAGAUAAUGAGCAGGAUGUGGUAGAAAUGAAUGAGGCAGAUAGUGUAGAACCUGUAGAAAAUGAAAAUGGCAAAAUGGAACCAGAAACUGAGUGUGAUCCUCAGCCAGAAAAAGUGUGUAACAUUCCUUCUCCUGAGAAGGAGAAAGGUAUCAAAGCAGAAAUUGAAGCUGAACCUGAAGGAAAACAGGAAAAAGCACCUGAAACCAAGCCAGAACCUGAGGCCCCAUCUCAGCCAGAGUCUGUGCUACUGCCACAGUCACCUCAAUUAUCUCAGUCCAUUCAGGAUGCAGAGCCUCAGGCAAACAAGGAUGAAAAUGCUGUGGUGUCCAUAAAGGUAGCUGAGGCACAGACAGAGCAGAAUCAAACACCGAGUGUAGAAAUUAAAAAUAAGACCAGGAGUAGAAGCAGGGGUAGGGCAAGGAACAAAACCAGUAAGAGUCAUAGUCGUAGUAGCAGCAGUAGUAGUAGCAGUAGUACUUCAAGUAGUACUACUAGUGGAAGUAGUUCCAGCACUGGCAGCAGUAGCAGUCGGAGUAGUUCCAGCAGCAGCACCACUACAAGUGGGAGUAGUAGCAGGGACAGUAGCAGCAGUAGCUCUACCAGUAGUGAAAGCAGAAGUCGAAGCAGAGGAAGAGGGCAUAACAGAGAUAGAAAACGCAGAAGGAGUGUGGAUAGGAAGCGAAGGGAUGCUUCAGGAGUAGAUAGAAGUCACAAGUCCUCAAAAGGUGGUAGCAGAGAUGCAAAAAGCUCAAAGGAUAAAAGUUCAAGAUCUGAUAGAAAGAGGUCUAUAUCAGAAAGUAGUCGGUCAGGCAAGAGAACUUCACGGAGUGAAAGAGACCGUAAAUCAGACAGGAAAGACAAAAGGCGUUAACAGAAGAGACCAAGCUUCCUUAGCCUAAUCUUUGCAGCAGAAGAUGAUUUGAGUGAAAGGAUUCCUUUUAAGGAGGAGGAGAAGGCUGCCUUAAGAAUUGCAUGCUGUAAAAAAUCUUUUGGAAAAAUGCAGACUGUUUACCAGGCAUUCUUGUACUUUUUACAUAAUUUUGUAAAAGGUGACUAUCAAAAUUAUGUGAAGUUCCUGAAAAUGUAAAAAUAAAAGAUUAACACUC